GUCCCCUUUCAUUCCUGGAGGGGAAGAUGAUGCCAACUUUCCUUUCUAACCUUUACAACCAUGUCAAGCUUUUCAUUGCAUUCAGCUGCGUUGAAUCGUCAAGCAGGGCUUGUGCGAUCACUGGUUACCCAGGAUCCUGACCUUGUGAACUCUACUGACUCAGUGCGUGCCACAGACAGUUGAGACCGAACCCACUUACGAGAAUCACAUCCAGGAUGGGAGAACGCCCCUUCACUGGGCCGCGUCUUCUGGAUCACUCGAAAUAGUUCGGUUCCUCAUCGAUCAGAAAGCUGAGGUUGAUCCAACCGACCAUAGCGGCUGGACGCCACUACAUAUUGCGGGUAAGCAUUCCUAGCCUGGAAAUUAGUCACUUUUCUUGUCACGAUGAUUUGACUGCCUGUGAAUGUGCUCAGUCAGCGCCGGGCACGAGGACGUCGUCCGUGAACUGCUUGGUGCAGGUGCUGAUGUCAAGAAGUCCAAUGACAAGGGUCUUACAGCCUUGCGAGCACUAUGCUGCAUCCAAGUCGCGUGUGGAUAUUGGGAAAAUAUUAGUUGCGCGGGGUGCAGAUAUCAACGCUAAAGACAAGGCCAACCAAACACCACUGCACCGUGCCGCAACAACAGGGUCAACCGGAUUUCUUAAUGUUCUCCUCCAUCCCCCCGAAGGUGCCCCUAAGACCCGUCUGAAUACCGGAGACCGAGUUGGAAACACACCUCUCCACCUGGCAAUGGAAUCGGCUCAUGCGGAAGCAGCAUGUCUCCUGAUAGAGGCUGGUGCGGACCGCUCUCGGGAGAAUGUCGAAGGACAAACACCGGAGGAGUUGGAAGGUGUUGGAGGACAAGAGCAGAGACGAGCUAGGCAAUAUGUGAUAGAUCGCUGCGGGGACCUGUAGUGUGUCACAGCAUCGGUCAAACUCUGCGAUACCGAAUGUAGCAUUAUAUAACAGGCUAUCUAAUACUAGAAUCUAAAAAGCCCAUGAACCAAAUUGAGAAGACGUGAAGCAAAG